AUGAGCCAGACCAACCACACUACUGUGAAGGAAUUUGUCUUCUUGGCCCUGACACGCUUCCGAGAGCUGGAGUUCUUCCUGUUUGUGCUCUUCCUCUCAAUGUACGUGACAACCCUGCUAGGAAAUGUCCUGAUCGUGGUCACCAUCACCUCGGAAUCCCGCCUCCACACGCCCAUGUACUUCCUCCUGAGGAACAAAUCAAUCCUGGACAUUGUGUUUUCCUCCAUCACCGUCCCCAAGUUCCUGGUGGAUCUUGUAUCGGAGAAGAAGACCAUCUCCUACAAUGGCUGCAUGGCACAGAUAUUUUUCUUCCACUUUGCUGGUGGGGCAGAUAUUUUUUUCCUCUCCGUCAUGGCCUGUGAUAGAUACCUGGCAAUCGCCAGACCCCUGCAUUACAUGACCAUCAUGAGGAAAGAAGUGUGGCUGGCCUUGGUGGUGGCUUCCUGGGUAGGAGGUGGUUUGCAUUCCAUUGUCCAGAUAUUUCUACUGCUUCCACUCCCCUUCUGUGGCCCCAACACCCUGGAUGCCUUCUACUGUGAUGUGCCCCAGGUGGUGAAGCUGGCCUGCACCGACACCUUCGAGUUAGAGCUUCUCCUGAUCUCCAACAACGGGCUGGUGACGCUGCUGUGGUUCCUCCUCCUCCUGGGCUCCUACACUGUCAUUCUGGUGAUGCUACGAUCUCAUUCUGGGGAAGGUCGGAAAAAAGCCCUCUCCACCUGUACCUCCCACAUCCUGGUGGUGACUCUCCACUUCAUGCCUUGUGUUUACAUCUACUGUCGGCCCUUCACCACGCUGCCCAUGGACACGGCCGUGUCCAUCAAUAACACGGUGGUCACUCCCAUGCUGAACCCCAUGAUCUACACUCUGAGGAACCAAGAGAUGAAGUCAGCCAUGAGGAGACUGUACAGGAGAAGACUUGGGCUCUCGGAGAGCAGGAAGCGAGGGUGA